ACCUAAUGAAAUAAAUAAAUAAAUAUCAUUGAAAUAAUCAAGUAUUUUCCUAUAACCGAGACUAUUUUAUCAUAAUUGAUUAGAUAAAAUUGUAAAAAUAAGUUAAUAUAUAUUUAUUAAAUAAUGAAUCACGAAGAGAAUAGGUUAAGAACAUUUUACAAUUGGCCUAGCACUGCUCCAGUUAGUGCAGAACGGAUAGCCAGAGCAGGAUUUUAUUACACCGGUGUAGGUCUCGAAGUACAAUGUUUUUUAUGCGGUCGAAGAAUCAUUGAAUGGAGUUACGGGGAUCAAGUUGUUAUUCUUCAUCGUAUUAUUGCACCUCAUUGUCCUUUCGUCUUAAAUCCAUCUAGCACUUGUAACGUACCUCGUGUACCAGCAGCAUUUAAUUACAGUAGUGAAUCAAAUGCUGGACCACAAUUAAAUGCUGAACCACAAUUAAAUGGUGAACCACAAUUAAAUGGUGUACCACAUUUAAAUGUUGAACCACAAAUAAAUGGUAGGCCAAGAAGUCAAAGUAAAACAGAUCAGCGAAUAUCUGUAAAUGGAGAAGAAUUUGAAAGAAAUUUUGUAACAUAUAAUCAGAGAUUGGUUACAUUUGCCACUUGGCCAAUACCUAACAUAGUGUUACCUGAGAAUCUUGCUAGAGCAGGCUUCAUUUAUAGUAAUGAAGCAGACUCGGUAAUAUGCGUUUUCUGUCGAGGUAUUGUAUAUCAAUGGGAAUCUGGCAGUGAUCCGAUUACAGAACACAGAAUUCAUUUUCCCAGUUGUGACUUUUAUCUGAGAUCCGAUAUCGGUACUAAUCAAUUAUCACAUAUAAACAUAUUUUAUGGUUCUACUAUUGAUAGUGAAAAUUUAGGUGUGAACACCCUUACUUCGAUACGAACUCCAUGUCAAUCUUCUUUUGAAACUAGACUAAGAAGUUAUGCUAAUUGGCCUACUGACCAUCCACUGACUCCUGAGAUGUUAGCUGAUGCUGGAUUUUAUUACAGUGGAUACCAAGAUCAUGUUAGAUGUUAUUGUUGCGACGGUGGUUUGUUUCAAUGGACAAAUAUGGAUAACCCAUGGGUAGAACAUGCAAAAUGGUUCCCAACAUGUGAUUUGAUUAAACUUAUCAAAGGCCAAGAAUUUAUAGAUCAGUGCAUUUCAAUGAGACCGUCAGCAGAUGAAAUAGUCUCACAAGCUAGUAAUCCUGAAAAUAAUGUUGAAUCAAAUGUUCAGCAAAUUAUAAAUAAUCCAUAUGGUUAUAUUGGAAAUCCAAUUGUAGGAAAUACUGUAUAUAUUCCUGUAAUAAAUUUUAAUAUAAAUAUUACUGAACAAGUUGAAGGUAAUUAUAUAGAUAUUACUGAACAAAUUGUAGAUAAUACUGUAAAUACUACUGAAGUAAUUGAAGAUAAUACUGUAAAUAUUACUGAAGUAAUUGAAGAUAAUGCUGUAAAUACUACUGAAGAAACUGAAGAAAAUUAUACAACUGAUACACCUCGUGGAAUUGAAUCAUCUUCUGCAACUGAAGAAAGUUCUUCAACCUAUUCAUCUUCUACAACUGAAGAAUCUUCUGUUGUCGAAAUAAUUUCUGGAACAGAAUCAUCUUCUACAAUUGAAGAACGUUUUAUUAUCGAAAUAAAUUCUACAACAGAUUCAUCUUCUACAAGUGGAGAAUCUUCUAUUAUCGAAAUGAUUUCUACAAUUGAACCAAAUUUGGAAAAUGAAAUCGAUGAGUUGACUGAAGGCCAAGUUGAUAGAACCACAUCAGACCAAGUUGAUAGAACCACACCAGACCAAGUUGAUAGAACCACACCAGACCAAGAUGAUAGAACCACACCAGACCAAGAUGAUAGAACCACACCAGACCAAAUUGAUAGAACCACACCAGACCAAGAAACAGCUGCAGUUAGUUUACCCGAAGGAGCAAAAAAAAGAAUUGGUUAUGGUAUUAAUAUGCCACGUCUAUUUAAGAAUUAUAUUCCCGAAUGUAUAACAGAAAAUCCUAAUUGGAUGGAAUUAAUACCAAACUUUUCGAAUCUACUACAAAUACGUUCAUCAUCAGAGAAUGAGACUAAUGAAAGAUCUAACAAUGAUACAGAAAAUAGUAAUACUUCUUCUACAAUAAAUAAAGUAAAUGAAAUAAAAGAAGAAAAUCCAAAUUCAUCGCAAGCCACUGAAACAUCUGAUAGUAAUGAUAAACCAGUAGAGAAGAUAACCGAUAGUGAUCUCGCAGCAUCGUUAUGUUCGUUGGAAGAGGAAAAUAAAAAUCUAAAAGAAGCUCGUACGUGUAAAGUUUGUAUGGACAAGGAAAUAGCCGUUGUAUUUUUACCAUGUGGUCAUUUGGCAACAUGUAUUGAUUGUGCUCCUUCUUUUGCAUCUUGUCCGAUAUGUAGGAAAAAUAUAUAUUCUACUGUUCGUACAUAUUUUCCUUAAAGUUAACAUUAAAAAUAAACAUACACAUACAUCUCUUAUACGCUUAUUUAUUUAAUAAUAAUAAUAAUAAUAAUAAUCAUUCAUAGAAUACUAUAUUAACUGAAAUU